AGACAAGCAAACACCUUUACAGAAGACAUGCUAUUAGUUACAACGCGAGCAAGAACAGCCUGAGAUUUUGCCGCAGUCAUGUUUGAUUUAAAGGAAGGGUGGAAUCUGUCGUUCGCUGGAUGCGGGUUUUUAGGGAUCUAUCACAUCGGUGUUGCGAGCUGUCUUCUGGAGCAAGCGCCGUAUCUGAUCCGCGGGGCCAGUAAGAUCUACGGAGCCUCAGCAGGGGCUCUCACUGCAUCCGUGCUCGCUACUGAGGCGUGCUUAGAGAAGUGUUGUGAAGAUGUCAUCAACGUUGCCAAGGAGGCACGGAAGCGUAAUCUGGGCCCUUUGCACCCAACAUUCAACAUAGUAAAGGUGCUACGUGGAGGCCUGUAUCGUGACCUGCCGUCCAAUGCGCACACGCUGGCCUCUGGCCGACUGUGUGUGUCACUUACACGGGUCAUGGACGGGCAAAAUGUUCUGGUGUCGGACUUCAGCUCCAAAGAUGAACUCAUCCAGGCUCUUGUUUGUAGCUGCUUCAUUCCCGUAUAUUGUGGUUUAAUCCCUCCUGCCUUCCGUGGUGUGCGUUAUGUGGAUGGUGGCAUCAGUGAUAAUCUGCCCCAGUCGGAGCUGAAAAACACCAUCACCGUUUCUCCAUUCUCAGGAGAGAGUGAUAUCUGUCCAAACGACAAUUCCACCAGCUUCCACGAACUGCGUUUCACAAACACUAGCAUACAAGUCAAUCUUGACAACAUGUACAGACUGAGCAAAGCCUUGUUCCCCCCAGAGCCCAAAGUGCUGGCAGAGAUGUGUCAGAGUGGGUAUAAAGACGCCUUCCGAUUUCUCCAGGAAAACAAUUUGCUACAAGCGGCGUGUCCUAGAGCAGACAUGGCUCUGAUUCAGGCGUCUCCCACCUGCUGCUGCCCAGGCAAUCAGGAUCCUGUCGUGGUAGAAACCACAAAAGAGUGGGUGCUGCGGAGACUCCGCCUUUUGAGAAAACACCACUGGUGGUUGGAUGAACAGCUUGUCGAUAACCUGCCAACGCCCAUUAAGAAAGUGUUUUGCGACGCCUGCAGAGAAAAGCAUGGUCUACUGGCACAGGUGACUGGUUUGCUGCCGCUGCGCGUGGCCUCCUACAUGCUGAUGCCGUACACGCUGCCGGUGGAAUCAGCGUACUCUGCAGCUCAGAGGUUUUGGGAGUGGAUCCCAGAAGUCCCUGCAGAUGUGCGCUGGCUUGCUGAGGUAGCAGGCGGUGUUUACAAACUGGCUUGGAAAGGUGCCGCGUCAGAGACGAGCAGUGGCGCCCCCUUGAGAAGAUGUGUGAGUGAACCGCCAAUGGUAGAUUUACAGAUGCCUGUCACAAACUACAACGGACACAUACUUCAUUCUGCCAGCAACCUUGAUAGCUACAACUGGACUUUUCCAGGAGACUUUAAUGCGGCUUCUUCUCUAAACCCACCGGACAGUCCUAUUAACAACACAAGCCCUUCCUCUAAGCAGAUGUGCUUUAUUGUUGGCUCACAAAGUAAUCAUGAGAAGCAAAUGGACCAAUGCAGAACCUUUUCCGCUUAGGAAACUAUAUACUUGACUCCCCUGGUCAUUCAUAUCACAUUUAGGCGAUGAGAGAGAUGAGCGUGGGUAGGUAAAUGCUCUGGAAUCCAGCGUCGAGAGUAAAUAUAUCAUGUCAAGCACUCCUCCCAUGAUAUGUUGAACAAUCUCCAAAUGUGCCUUUCUCUAUUCAGAACCAAAGAUGUGUUUUGUAGUUUGAUCUGUUGUAUCAGCCUGAACCUUGUGUUUUGCUGAUGUGGACAGUGUAUGCAUGUCAGAGUUUACAUUAUAAUUGGUGCUAGUACUUCUCUAAGACCUCAAUAUACUUUGAUAUGUGCCACACAAGUCCAUGCCACAAAUGUGUACAAUCAAAUAAACCAUUUGAGCCCA